AUGAAUUCAGCUGCAGCUGAGCAACUAUUUGUCACUGUCCCAGACUCCCCAGCCAUACCAGGCGUGAUUGCUGUACUUGAUGGUGCAAGAUUAAGAGAACUCUCAGGUGGCCAUGCAAGGUUUCAGGCAAUUCGAAUUAGAGAAUGUUUUCUUAGCUCUGAUAACAAGAGAGUUUUGUCUUUGGUUUGUAUGCAACAUGCUAAUUUCCCCCGAGGGCUACUUCAAGCAAAGGUUUCUUCUGUGGCUGCUCAAUUGUUGAACAGGGGCUGGAUUCUUAGAGCAGCCAAUUAUGAUUGCAGUACAACUGCAUUUGCUGAUGGAGUCAAGCAAGGAAGUGAUCUCACCGAAGGCUGCUCCGAGUGUAACUUAGUGCAGCCUGGUCCUGCUUGGCGUGAUGUUUUUGGUUACUGGUGGCCAUAUAGGUGGCUCUUGAGCUUAUAUGGAGCACUGAGACAGAAGUUUUCUUGUGAAGGUUAUUGGCUUGAUUGCCCCCAUAGCUGUCGCUGCACGAAAGUUAAUGUACAGUUCUGCUCCUUGACAGGAACCAUAUUUCCUUCUGAUGCCUGUUUAGUUUGGUUGAAACUAGGAACUGCCUUUGUGAUAAAUUUUGCUAGAGUCUUACGCUCGAUGUCAAUAUGGGCCAGAGUUGAUGGGAUUGAUCCUCCUGUGCUGUUUCUAAAGCUAUUGAUGUGGAAAGGUGAAAGUGAGAUCUCGACGGUUGUCGUGCGUUGUUGUCCAUUGCAACGGUUACAACUCCCUCUGUGUUUGACAACUCUUGAAAUCACAAGUUUGAAUGGGGUCACCCUUUGCUUUGGAAUUCAGCCCUAUGGCACUCUUACCUUGUUAUGCGUACUGAUGUCCGAAGUCGUUAAGAACCUCAUGACUAAUAACUCUGAGGAAGAGACGUGGAGCUGGGAGGCACGCGAUAUCUUACUAGAUACCUGGACUGCCCUCCUUGUGCCAAUUAAUAGGAGUGGUGGGAAUGCGUUGCUUCCAGCUGAAGGGAAAAAUGCCACAGCUACUGCUUCUGCAUCAGCAUUUAAAGAUGAUGACUCUGACUACCUUCAAGCAUCCAUUGUAGCCUUGGAUGAGAGGUUAAGCUCCUAUGCUCUUAUUGCUAGAGCAGCAAUUGAUGUCACAUUCCUUUGCUCACAAGGCUGUUUACUGAGCGUUUUGAACGGCUUAGUCAGGGGCAUUAUUGAUCCAACUGAAACUUUGGAGGAACUUUACUCAUUGUUACUCAUUACUGGGCAUGUAAUUGCUGAUGAAGGGGAGGGAGAAACACCCCUGGUAAUGGAUUCCAAAUGCUAUACAAAUUCAUUUUCCACAAAUCUGGAAGCAGAAAAUCAUCCUCUUGUCAUUCUUUGCAGCUCAAUCAUAAGGUUUGCUGAGAAAAGUUUAGAACCAGAAAUGAGAGCAUCAGUUUUCAGUCCUCGACUCAUGGAGCUGCUUUGGGAUUCCGUCUUGCUGUCUUCAAGCCGUUCUACCAGUUCAGUUAUUAGAGCUGAUGUUUUGUGCAGGCUGUUAUAUGGUUCAUUGCAAGAUGGAAAAUUUGUGCUUGACAUUAUUGUGCGCAUAUCCUUGACAGCACUGAUGUCAUAUCCUGGAGAGAAGGAUCUGCAGGCGCUCACAUGUUUCCAGCUACUUAAUGCCCUUGUGCAGCAAAAACAUAUUUGUGUUCACCUCGUUGUAUUGGAUUCAUGGCGUGACCUGGCAAAUGCUUUUGCUAAUGAAAAAACUUUGUUCUUGUUAAAUACAGCUCACCAGCGUUCGCUUGCUCAGACACUUGUUCAUUCAGCUUCUGGCUUGAGAAAUUCAGAGGCAUCAAACCUGUAUGUGAGGGAUCUCAUGGGUCACAUGGCAACUUAUCUUGUGGAAAUGUCAAGCAAGUCUGACUUUAAAAGCAUUGCUCAACAACCAGAUAUUAUCCUGCCGGUCAGUUGCUUGCUGGAGAGGCUUCGGGGGGCUGCCAGUGCUUCAGAACCUCGUACACAAAAAGCAAUUUAUGAGUUGGGAUUCUCUGUAAUGAAUCCUGUUCUAGUUCUUCUUGAGGUCUACAAACAUGAGUCUGCAGUUGUAUAUCUGAUACUUAAGUUUGUAGUUGCUUGGGUGGAUGGACAAAUAAGCUAUCUAGAGGCUCAGGAAACUGCUAUUGUUGUUAAUUUCUGCAUGAGUUUGCUUCAGCUUUACUCAUCAAACAAUAUUGGCAAGAUAUCAAUAAGUCUGUCAACCAGCUUACUUACUGAAGCAAAGACUGAGAAAUACAAGGAUCUACGUGCUCUUCUCCAGCUCCUUUCAAGCCUUUGUUCCAAAGAUCUGGUUGAUUUUUCAUCCGAUUCUACAGCGACACAUGCCACAAACAUAUCUCAGGUCGUUUAUUUUGGUCUUCAUAUAGUUACUCCUCUGCUAUCGUUGGACCUGCUGAAAUACCCCAAGUUUUGCUAUGAUUACUUCUCAUUGCUGUCACAUUUAUUGGAGGUCUAUCCUGAAACAGUUGCACAACUAAACAGCGAAGCCUUUUCUCAUGUACUAGGAACUCUUGAUUUUGGUCUUCACCAUCAGGACGUGGAAAUCGUUGAUAUGUGUUUGAGAGCUUUGAGAGCUCUUGCUUCCUACCACUACGUGGAAACAAGUGCUGGUAAAGUAGGCUUGGGCUCACAUGCUGCAGGUCUUAAGGAUCCUGGUGGAAAUUUUAAGGAAGGCAUUUUGAGCCGGUUCCUUCGCUCAGUACUGCAGUUACUCCUUUUUGAGGAUUAUAGUCCUGACCUGGUCAGCAGUGCAGCAGAUGCUCUUCUUCCUUUGAUACUUUGUGAACAAAGCCUAUACCAGAGAUUAGGCAGUGAGUUGAUAGAAAGGCAGGCAAAUGCAACCUUGAAAUCGAGGCUGACAAAUGCAUUGCAGUGUCUUACAAGUGCGAAUCAGCUUUCAGCUACUCUUGAUCGGAAGAACUAUCAAGUAUUCAGGAAAAAUCUGAACAGCUUCCUGAUUGAUGUUCGAGGAUUCUUGCGGACAAUGUGA